AUGUCCAAACCCAGCAAAGCCGGUAUCGAGACCUCGGCCGAUGGUGGCUCCUACAUACCUUCUUCCAAGCGCGCAGACGGAUCUACCAGGAAAGAAAUCAAAGUGCGACCGGGCUAUCGCCCACCAGAAGACAUCGAGACCUACAAAAAUCGAAGUGCUGAGGCGUGGAAGAAUAGAAGCCAAGGUGGAGUGCCUGGGGCUGACCCCGUCGGAUCUCCAAAUGAGCAAGGCGCGCCCAAGAGCAAGAAUGCAAAGCGGAGAGAGGCUGCGCGUAGAAAGGGUGAAGCAAACGAGGAAGCCGAGGAUGUUUUGGCAACAGCCAUGCAGAAGACGAACCUAACGGAAUCGCAAACGGACAGAAUCAAACAGGACUGGCGAGAUCCAUCGAAGCUACAAGUGAAUGAUUCGAUCCAGGACUCGGAUCCGCAAAAGAAGAUCCGUAACCAACUCAAGAAACUAAAGGCCGUGCGGGAACUGAAAGACAAACGGGCAAGCGGAGAAAAAUUGUCACUCGAUCAAAUUAUGAAGAUUGGCAAGGAGAGUGAACUGGUUCGAGACCUGAAGAAGCUGGGAUACGAUGGUCCAGAGAUGCAAGCAGAUGCUACCGAAUCGACAUGA